AUGGCCAAUCGAGUGAAGCUUUGUUUGUGCUGUUUAUUGCUUCCGCUGGUGGUGCAGCAUGGAGGUCAGGUUCUGUCACCAUUGCCGGUGCGUGUUCUGCCGUAUGACCAGUGUGAGAGGCCAAUGGGAUCCAGGAUGGUGCACUUCGUUCGACAUGGCCAGGCAGAGCACAACGUGGCAUUGGCACAAGGAGGAUCUGGGCCACAACAUGUGGAUUCAAGGCUGACAAAAUGUGGCGAGGAACAGGCAGAGGGCAUUGCGCGGACACUGGAGAAAGAUGCCGAGUGGCCCGAUAUCGUCCUAACAUCGCCUUUGAGGCGCUGCUUGAGAACUGCCCUUCUGGCCUUCCGGCCGAAGAUUGGUUGUGUUCUGGCUCUCGAGGAACUGCGCGAGCUGGUUUCAGCAUCGGCACACAACUCGCGCCGCCCCAUUGAAGAGCUAAAGGCGGAGUUCCCUCAGGUAGAUUUCUCCCGCAUCUCGACGUCUCAUGAUGGAAUAUGGCACCAAGAUAUGGUUCGCGAGUCGAGG